AUGGCCGCCGACGUGAAAUUAGGCCGAUGGGGGGAUCACACCCAUCAGGCUGCGGAGGAGCCAAUGGCGUGGCCUGUUCCUUUCCCCAACUUUCGCCAAGAACAAGUUGGCGUCUGGACAGGGUUCCCCGCUUCGAGUGCUGAUCCCGGGAGUCUGGGGAAGCCCUUGGCAGCCAAUCAACGCAAGACGAAAUGGACGUCACAGUCUUGCGUCUACCCAUCCAAACGCAUGAAACCUGGGCCGAAGCUUGGCUCACGACUCCGCGAGCGCAGGCGGCCUCGCAAUAGAUCACACCAUGGACAAAGCAACUCGAAAAGCGAAGGUCACAAAGAUGGCGGCAGUGAAAACGCGUCCAAGGACGCCAUGUCCAUGUCGCAGGCUCCAUCCGAUCGUGACACGCUGCAGGGUCACGUGCCCAUUCCACCGCCUGGACAUGAGGCUCGCCCCAGCAUCACCAGCCUCAUCGACCUUGCCUCUUACCCCCCUUCGCCCAUCUCCACGGUUUUUGACGAUGCAUCUACAGAUGUGUCAGAUUCUUCAGACCAGGCGGCCGCAAAUUUCGUCCGCGCCAUCAGCCUCUCCUCCCUCAUCCAUCCUACCCAUGAAUCGCGUCAAGAACCCUCAUCGCAGCAGUCGGCAGCUGCAGUUUCGUCUGAUGGCUUCUUCAUUAACCUCGUUGGAGCCCAAAGAUUGAUAGAUCAGGCUUGCGACACGCUGAAUAUCUCAGUCGACAACCUCCAGACACUGACCGAUUUGUAUCUCGACAAUAUGACGGCGUUUUCCUUAUUUCAUCGCCCGACUUUUGGGGCAAAGAUACAAACCAUCACGUCCCUUUCGACCUUGGUAGCCCUUCUCGCUUCCAUGUUCUCCGUGUCAAUCAAGUUCUUUCCAGCGUGCUCGGAUUUGAGUAGCCCUGACACUGGUAGCUUGCCAUCAUCAGAUCAGUUCCACAAGAUUGCCACAAAAGCGCUUGAUGAUUCACUCAGAGAUACGGACGAUGAAGUUCCCUCCCUUUCUGUCCUCCAAGCCAUGGUCCUUUGUACCUUCAACGAGUUGAUUCGAGGUGUUCGAGGCAAGGGAUGGCGACUGCUGGGCUCUUGCGUUCGGGUUGCCUACGAGCAGCAUCUUAACCUCAUCGACUACGGCGCCCCAAUACUCCCUCCACGCGAUGAGGACGGCAUCCGAAAAUGGGUUGGCAAGGAGGAGGAGCGACGUUGCUGGUGGGCUAUCUGGGAAAUGGAUGUCUUUGCUUCGACGAUAAAGAGGUGUCCUUUGGCCAUAGACUGGUCAGUGAACGAAACAUACCUCCCGAUCCCCGAUCGUGACUGGUUCAGUGGUCAAUACCGCCAGAGCAGUUUCCUUCACCCACAGCCAGGCGAAAGAUGGAAGAAGCUGAAGAAGUGUGACAACGAUAGCCCGACUGCCUGGUUCAUCGUCCUCAAUUCGAUAAUGCGGGAUGCACAGGCUUUGGCGAGAGGCAGUCUGCAGGGCAUCCGGUCAGAUUGGAGAGGGCAAGACGAGACAACUGAUCUACAGCAGUACUUCAAGAACGUCUUUUGCAAGAAGUCGCCGGUCGCCGGUGACCAGCAACUAUACUUUCUCACCCAGGCCCUGCAGCAAACCGUCUCUGCCUUACCGACGACACUCGCCUAUCAAGGAGAGAGGCUGUUUUCUCACGCUCAAAGUGCGCAGGCACCACCGAACUCCGGGUCGUCGGCUGCCCAGGCGACGCUGGUGGAUGUGGCACGCUAUUCGCUCUUCCUCAUGACACAGCUGGCACGCUUUCAGAUUUUCCACCAUCAAGCGUUCGGCGAGAUCGCAUCGGGUACCCUGUUCACAGAGAUUGUCCCUGAUCCGCCCUUUGGUUGGACUUCAACCCCUCGGCCACCUGCAGGCGCCAUGUCAAACUGCGAAGGCCUGCGGAACUGCCUCGAGGCUGCCGACAACAUACAGUUUGUCUUGCAAAACGCUCCCGAGUGGCAUGUCAAGUGGAUGAAUCCCUUCCUGGCUAGCACUGUAUGGUUGGCGGCGUCCCUGCAGAUCCUCCGCAAGGUGUACGGACUUGGCAUAGAGGCGGAGACUGAGUCUAAGCUUGCCCUUCUUCGACUCACCUGUCAACGUUACUCGCUAUUCUGGGGGACGCCUCUUACGCUACUGCGCAACGUGGACUCACUGGAGAGGCUUCUGAGGCACAAGAGAAGGCUUCUGGCCGAGUUGGAGGUUCGUUCUGCCGAGAAUCAGCGAGGGGCCAGGCGGAGGUCAGGGGCUGCACCCAGUUCAGUCUUUGCGGACACGAAAGAUGGCUUCGAAGGGAGUCUGGCUAAUGGACUGGGCGUCACUGAACAGCUCGCACCUGCCGAUUUUAUGCCUGAGCUUUUCGAUCCGUCGGCCUUCAUUCCGGACCUCGAAGGCCUUGCACCAGGCACAAGGACACAGACUUCCCCCAUGACAACCAACUGGCUCGGCAUACUAUCUGAAAGAGGACAGCUAGAUGACAUGUCUUUUGAUUCCUACGCCGAUCUCUUCUUUCCUCUUGCUCCACCCCAAGAAGCUGACCAGUCACCGAGAACUGGCAGCCUUGCGAUGCCAAGAGGUUAA